CAGUAUUCCGUGAAGUGUUGUGCCGUGACUGCGUGCGGCCUUCUUUCGUCCGCAACCCCACGCACCACCAGUGGAGAAUAAUACCAGAAGACUCAAUUUUCCACCGUUUUCCAUCGCUUGACCGUCUAUAUUUCUUCUUUGCCUUGAGCAUAGAGAAAGAAGUUUCACGUUUUGCACCCUAUGCUCAAAGAAGAAGUAUUACGAAAAGAAGAAACUUAAAUUCAACGAAUCGAUUUUCAUAAAUCAAAGAGAAAUCAAAUCACUGACGGUGAUGCAGGGCUGACUCGUGCGAAGAUACAGUUUCAAAGUAUUUCUUCGAACAUAUCCCGUACGAAGAAGAAGUUCGUUAUUUGAAGAGGAGACUUUGUGCAUGAUCACGUAGAAAUUGAUGAAUUCAUAGAUAAAAUUGUAAUUUCUAUAUGAUGGUAAAAGAUGCUAUAUGAUCGUUAAGACUGGAGGUAGAGUUCUGAAGACACUUUAAGCAGUGUUCGUUUCAAGAAGCCAUGUUGAAGGAAGAAAUUGCUUGUUUGAGGAAGAGACUCUUGAAAUAGAUGGUUCGAAGCGUGGAGAUGUCAACACAAGAGAAACUUCAAACCCGGAUAAAAUUGGAAUUUCCCUGAUAAUAUUACUUGAACUUGAACGAAGAUAAGAUUCCGGAAUAUCUCGAGGAGCGUUUCUUCGGAGGUUUCUGGCCCGGGAAAAAGGAAGAGAGACUUCGAGUGACUGGGAACGAAUUUUCCAUGGUAACCGAACAGAAUUUCCAAAGAAAGAUUCAAUAGAGAUUAAACAUUGAUUCGAAGGUUCUUUAUGGUUUGUUUUCUUCGAUCGUUCACUGGUCGCACUCGAGACAAAAGCUCGAUGGUAGUUUUAACGCCAAUCAGAUCGAAAAUCUCAUUUUAAAAUUCUACGAGCGACAUCGAAGACAAGUAUUCAGGUUCGAUUUGGUGUAGGUAUAGUUUGAAUAGAAGUUUGGAGGACGAUUCGUCUAAAGAUAGAAGUUCGAAGGUCUUCACGAGGAAUUUGGGAGCCGUUUUGGGAAGUUAAACGAGAGAAGAAUUAGAAAAUAGACGAAAAGGCUUGAGAAACGAUCGGUUACGAAAGGAGACAAAAUUUGUAAAAAGAGAAAAAUAGAUAAAAAAAUUAAACAUCCACAGUUAUCACACAUAAAUACAUAAAUACACUCAUGAUACAACACAUAGAAAAUAAUAAUUUUGGAAUUUAAUUAUGUACCGUUCCAGAAACGAAUGAAAAAUUACCGAAGAUGGUAAGAAACGAGAAAUGUAACACAAGAAUCGAAGAGGAUGCAAAGUAGAUGGAAAAUAUAAAAUAAGAAACGUCGAAAGGAAUAUUCUAAUUGAUCUCGGCCACUUUUGGAGAAGUGUAUCGAAGUGGAACGCGAACAAAAAGCCGGCAGAAGCAUCGUUUAACGUUUUCUAAACGCGCGCCGCUGAAGUGUACUUUGAUGCGCUGCCUCGAGAGCACAGAAUAAAAAGGAAGUUAUCGAAACGUUCGAAGGGUCUCGUUACGAACGAAUAAUGCCACCUUUCAUGCACUGCUUUCGUCCAUUUGCACACGCAAAAAAUCGUAUGGCUACGAGUGCCUUUUCUUCGAACAGUUAAUUAAUUACAUCCACUUUUCAGAUCCGGACUAUUCGCUUCGAAAUAAAAUAUUACAAUCACUUGAGAUUAUUAAAAUAUUAACCGAAUCUUAGAAAAUAUUCUUAAAAAGGAAAAAAAGGACUUUAAAAAUAUUUGUAUUUGAAGAAACCAUCGUCAAAUGAUAAAAGAAGAAAAUAAAGCACAAAGAAGAAUGGACUUUUUAAGAAGCAAUUUCGAUCAGUUAUUUAGAAAAAAUUAAAGAAGACGGGAGCAGCGAAGGUUCCUGGUGGCAAGGGGUCAGCAUGGCAGUCGACAAUCCUUCGUAUUUCUCGUUGUCGAGCGGGACGGCGACGUCGUCGGUAUCGACGACGCCUGCGUCGACAACGAGCGUUGCCUUCUCGCCGCCCUCCAAGGGACCAACGGGGCUGACGGCCUUGUUUCGGCGACGUCCUUGCAAAAUGGGCACCACUUCGUCGGCCAGCGUCCUCUCCACGUCUACCACGAGCACUCUGAUACCGCAGGAUAAUAACAAAGGCAGUACCUCAGGCGCCUCCACGCCCACAGAAGAGAAGAUGCCAAUGUUGCCCAGAAAUGGAACUGGUCAGUGCGGAAACGGCACUCAUGGUGGUCCUGGUAAUCAGAGAAGGAGUUUCAGAAAUUUGUUCAGAUCUGUUAGCGCCAAUGCAGAUCACGAAAGAACACAACAGUUCCUGAAGGGUGAUCCAAGACCUUCGGAUGUUGCGCCACCCUCGCCGUAUCUACCUCAUAGAUCACACUCACAUUCUGAGAACGACAGAAGACGUCCAGGCCGAAGCAGAGCUGUGUUGAAGUCCGCUAGCGAACUGCUGUCGAAUGAUAUGGUGUACUGUGGAUUGGCCAGAGAUAAUCACAAUCAUGAUGAUGACGACGACGAUGACGAUGACGAUGAUCAAGAUUCGAACGAAGUUUUCGUUGGUGUCGAUGACGCUAGGUACUACAACCUUUCAUCCACGCUGCCAGCAACAGGAUCAGCGGCAGCAGGUCGCAGAAGGCAUUCGAUCAGCACCUUCAUAGGCAAAGAUCGAGGUUCCUCGAGCAAAGACCACAUCUCCAGAAAGCAACCACAAAGCCCCACAGUUCUCGUACAACCUGACACAAUGGCGCCUCCAGCGCCUGUAGAUACUGUAGAUGGUGCCCACGUAGAGGACCGGAAGGCAAGAUCUUGCAGCAGGUCCAGGCGCAGAAGACAUCGCAGUUCUUCGAGCAGGGGAUCUCGUUCAGCGACCGGACUGUCGAAGAUCGAUUCACAUCCCGAAGAUGAUGUACUGUUCGUAUCGAGCAAGGACAGCGAAAUUUCGAGCCUGUGGGUCAAUUACCUCACUGCCUGUUUCGAGCAGAUCAGCAGGCAACAAGGCCGGCCGCCUUUUAAAGUUCGUCACGUGACAAUCGAAGAAUCGAUGCAACCUGGCACCGAGGAGAGGAUUCGAUCGGCUCGCUUGCAGAUCGUCGUCGUGUGUCCAAUAUUGUUGGAACGAGUACAAACUCGGCCAGAACACGCGACGAAUCUCUCCAGACAGCUAAUCACCGACAAAGUACUCGCGAUGAUGUUGGGUGUUCACGAUAGCCACAUCAGCGACGUCCACAAGUCGAUUCUGGUCUCAUACAAUCAGUGGAGAAAAUUCUUCGUGAAAGACCAGGACGAAACAUUCGUUGGUGAACUCCUGGGUGCCGCGGUUGGAAUUCUUGGCACAAUGCCGCCUCCUGCGUUGAGGAGCGACAAAACCGCCUUUUCGGUUCAUCCGAAAAAAGUGAAGCUGGGUCACAACAGGAUAAUCGCGUUGUUAAACGACCCAUUACGACCUGAGGAUAACGUAUCAGUGAUCGUGGAUCGCUGCGGCGAAGCGAUCGACAUCGCCCACGUUAAACGAAGAAAUCCCUAUGCUCUGCAAUUCUCCAUUCCCGACAGAUGUUUAGAGGUAUCGAUGUUGGUCGGUGUUCGUAUAGCGAAGAAUGGUUGUCCGCUUGGUGUGAGGCAAGUAAAAUGCGAGAGCAGGCUCAGGGAACUCGAUCAAAUCCUCAGGGCCCAUGACAAUCCCCUAGAAUUUAUGUGCCAGACCUUUGGCUUUAAUCCUGGUGAUCGCGAAAAAUUGGACAACUGGAUGGUCCACGCGUUUCAACGAAACGUUCCACCGCACUUCAAUCUCCUGUCUACACCCAGUGGGGUAGUGUCUACCCAAAAAGUUCACUCAAAAAGGCUGGUUGGCCCCGAAGAGAAUCCGACGUUGUUACACUUUGCCGCACGUUUCGGCCUGGAGAGAUUAGCUUGGCAACUGUUGGAGUGUCCAGGCGGUGAUAUAGCAUGCGACCUGAGGAACGUGUCGGAACUGACCCCUGCGGAUCUUGCAGAACAGGCAGGACAUACGAGAUUGGCGCAUCAGCUUCGUGGCUACAUGCAAAUGAACGAGUUCACCAACAUGUACAGCUAUUUGAAAGUGAUCAGUGAGACCACUACAGACCAAGCGGCAAGUGCGGACCCAUCGACAACUAACACAUCAAGCGACACCAAUAACGACAAGGAGGAUUAUUGUCGUCCACGACCCUUGAGUGAAGCCUAUUCGGUGCCACCAGCCGCAAGACCAAUAACGUCCUUGAUCUUGCCAGGUCAAUUAUCAGUAACCCCUAGCCCGACCACCAGUAACCCCAUUGAGGCAAAUUAUUCAAUCGUACCAGCACCGACUCCCGUCAUCGCCAGUCCAUCAACACCAACGCCUGUGAUGACCUCCUCGAACGGCUUUGAACUCCCUCUUCAAGGUUAUAUGAAAAUGCAUCCAGCUGGACCAAAAACACCAACGUCAAACGCAGUGAGCCAGCAGCCAUCUCGAACAGCGACGCCCACCCAGAGUCGUUCAGAUUCUCAUCCUAUGCCUGCACGAGAAGAAAAUAGUCAAUCGUCCUUCUCUUAUGGCAGAACCACCUCCAAUUCCAGCAGCACAAAGUCGAGGGAACCGUCUGGACCUCAGGACGAGUUACUGGAAAUCAUAAACGACUUCAAGAACAACGUGUUCACGAUAACCGAAGUGGAAAGAUUGGUCGAGAACUGGAGGAAUCGCAACGAUGUUCAACAGAGCUUCAAAGACAAACAGAGGCAACUCACAGCGAUGAGAGAAGAGUAUGAAAGAAUACAGAAAAGAAUGAAAGAGGAAAUGAAGGCCCCUACACCUUUUGACAGAAUCAGGAAGUUCUUCUCCAAAGGAAAGAAAGAUACGAAGGACUCUACGACCGGAAGUGACGAUUCUUCUUCGACCAGUAAAGUGGAGAAUGUUAAUGGUGCUCUAACCGACCGUAGGCCAGUUAGCAGUCUAAGUCUCCGCAGUGUUUCAAGCUCGUCUUCGUCUGGUAGAAUGAGCACUGCCAGCGGAUGCAGUGGGACCAGUUUAGGUGACAGUGGAACUCAUUCUGAUACUGAGGAUCGACGAUUACAAAAUGCCAGAGAGGAUAAAGCGGGCGUGAUGUCGUACGAAAUACCACCAGCUCCAAAGCCAUUCGCAGGAAGGUAUUCCCCGGCGCUUAGGUAUUCCCCAUCUCCUCGUUCCUCGACUGGAAACGAUUUAGACUUGAGACCAUCACAGCCACAAUUACGAGGCGAGGAUACCGAAUACUACAUCGCUUUUCCACCAUCGGGAUUACCCAUUCACUCUUUCAAGACAGAGGCUUCUCUGAAGGAACCAAAAACUCCAAGCUCCCCGUGUGAUCACCCUAAGUACCUGGACUUGAUUCAAAAUUCAUCGCCAGUCACUAAUGACGCUUCAGAAUCAGAAUCCACCAGGCAUUCUGGCAACAGUUACGCAAACAUUGACCCGUCUACGUUGAAUCCAGCACCAGUACCGCCUGCUGGUAUGUGCAUUCCAACAAAUUACGUGAACGUGACUCCAGCGUGCGUCACCUCGUCUCAGGAAACUACACAAGGUCAGCAAUCCGAGCAGAGACACUCACUUGACUUAAAUCAUAUAUCUGAAACCUCAAAGAAUUCAACCAAGGCCGAGACUCCCAGUCAGGCGGGAGAAAAUAAGGUCACUGAUGACGUACAAGGCCAAGACAAUGUUUUGACUGAAGUUCAAGGUAAAAAUAACGAGGAAUAUGUGGAAACGAAUCUGGCGAAUAGUUCAGAAGGCGUGGACGUACCGGAUACUGGUAAACUGCCGGAAUAUAUGAACGUCGACGUUCCUCAGGAUCAGAAAGCUGGUGCCACGAAGAAAGUGCCUGCUCCUCCUGUUCCACCAAGAGUUGCCACGAAGAAGUAAAAUAAGAACGAUUACCACGAAUAAAAGUACUUGAAAAGAAGUCGUUCCUUCGAUUGGAGACUUUAAUGGGCGAGUCGUUCAAAAAUAGUGCUCUCGGCGAUCGUUUUUCAUUGGAGAAAUACUCGAGUAUGAUUUCAAGUACUCGACGUCAGUGUUCUUCGUAAUCCUUAGUAUUAAUAGCGUAUUUAACUGUAAAUUGUUCGGUUCAAGAUAGUCGCUAUGGCUCAUGUCUUCUAUGUACAUUACCUUCGUUCUUUAUCUUCCUUUCUCUUUAUUCUAAUACUCAGUGAGGCGCGACUUAAUCUGUAGUUUUUGUUUAUGGUAUUGUACUGCAAUUAAGUGCGUUUAUUGAUCGUUAUUAGUCUAAAACUGCCUCGAAUGCGUUACGAGAAUAAAACCAAUGUAUAAUUAAUUAUUAACUUGUUACUGUUAUCGAUAAGCGAAAUAUGCUAUUGUAUAUCAUAAAAUAUUUUAAUCGUUUCGAUAUUUCCAUAAAUUUUAUUAGAUUAGGAACGAAUUUGGAGAUCUCAAAUCAUUAAGAUCAAUAAAUUUGAGAUCUUCAAAGAUUUUAAGUUUAAGUUUCGGAACCCGAAUCGUUGAGACAUUUUACUACGUUUUUUUUUUUAGGAAAUUUAGAAUGUUAUUGAUCAACAAGCAUUCGAGACUUUCUGAUUACGCCACUAAGUUGUAUAUUAUGUUAAUUAACCGAUGCUCCGAUCUCGGUCCAAGAACGAAUACAAUGCUAGCGAGCGCCAAAUCAAAUUUUCAUCUUUUGGCGGAAAGCCAAAAUCGUAAUCUGUACAUACUGUCCUCUGCUCUAUAUUCUAUUAUUAUUGUAACCAGUUUUCUAUAUCGUCAGUCCUUAGGAUUAAGUUAGAACAAUUUAUACGACAAUUGCUUAAAAAAAAAUAUCGAUGACGCCAAAGACUGCGUUAAGAAUACAUGGCGUCGCGUAAUCAUUAUGUUAUUAAUCAUACAAUUCAUGCACCAUACGUUGUAAUCAUUCUCUAGCGUAAACAAUACUUUGUACAGGUGUCGAAAUUUCCUUUGUCUUACAUCUUUAUAAGAAUGACGACGAAAUGCGUUUCAAGUACCAAGAAUGCAUUUAUCAUUUUGAUUGUAAUAUCAUAGUGUAGAAUAUUUCACAAAACCAUUCUUUUUUAUGUCUACCAGUAGAGAUACUACUAUGUCUUUUUUAUAUUUAUGUUUAUACCAAUAAAACUAAAGAUAAUAGAAAUUGCAAAAUUAUUUUAAUCGGAUCUUCUUGUUACUCGUCAAUUGAUUAUGAAUUGAUCAUGAAUGAAUUACGUAGCAUACCAUAAAAAUAGUGAAAUAUGGAGUAUUGAUAAUAUCGAGUAUAAUUUAUGCAUUGUCAGAAAGUCAUAAUUUUUAUCAGGUGCAUAUGCUGUGAGGAACGUUUCUAGGAAACUGCAUUAUUCUCGGAAAUUACACGUUAAAUAUGCAUUAUGUAAUUUACCGUGUCCGUGUAUGUAAAUUUCAAUAGUAAGGGGGGAAAAGCAUGAGUAAAUAUUCUUGCCAAAUCUGUCGUUAAUCGAAGGUAAAAACCAUAUUUUGUUACCACAAAGUUUCGCUUCUCUUACGCAUCAUCAAACUUCUUAGACAAUAUUCUAUAAAUGUUAUUAGACCUAAUAACAAAAUAUCCAUUAAAUUGUUAAUAUGAAUAAAAAUUAACAAAUAUUCAUAUUAAGAAUUAUUUUUUAAAAGAUGCCAGAACCUAAUACACUGUUACUAAAUAUGUAAAUACUUUAGAUGCUGCACGCAAAAUAUCGUUGAAGUACAAAUGAUGUCACGCUCAUGUACAUAUAGACAAAUGUGUUUUUUUGAAUAAAACAUGCGAUUGAGUAUUCAUCGACAGUAUCAAACGACCUGUCGUGGUAUCAACAUCACGGCCAGGAAUAACCAAGCGUUCUAAAAUUCUCGAAAAGUACCCAUUCAAUUAUUGACGGCAAGUCGAACAACGUGUCCUUUCUUUCACGAAGGACGAUUAUCUUUGGACAUAAAGUUUCGAGUAAGCUAAGUGAGUAAACUAAUUGAAAAAUGAAAUUGCUUACGAUGGUCUUGGUGUCUACGUUGUCUUUGGCCACAACGCUUGCUCAAUCCAGGUACGAACCUUUUGCUGAGAAACCAGGUUCCUGUCCACCACCUUUGCCAAUGCAGAUUUGUAGUCAAUCUUGUUUUUCUGACUCACACUGCUUAGGAAUUGGCAAAUGUUGUCCAACCAAUUGUGGAGGCUUUGUUUGCACAAGACCUGUUACCAUGAGGCAAACAGUUCCUACUG